AUGACAAAGACAAUGAAAAUAAGGCCUUCCGUAUCCUCGAAUGAUUCAGGGCAAAGUUCCAGUAAAGAAGGUUCAUUUCGACGGUUAUUCACUUAUCCGCUCGUCAGACGCUGCGAUAUGGAUGAUAUUACGCGAAAAGGAACUCUUAAAAUUAUCGCCAAAGCGUGUGAAUCCAAUUUGGAGAACAAUGAGAUGGCGGCAAAAUCAAUUAAAGAAACUUUAGAUCAAAAAUAUGGUGGAUCAUGGCAUGCUGUUGUCGGUAUGAUACUUUACGAUAUUCGUUCCGAUGUUUCUUAA